GGCUCCGCAGCGGCGGCCGGAGCUGCAGCCGCCGCCCGCCCGUCGCAGCGACGGCGCUGCCGCGGUGCCCGGCCGGGAAGAUGGCGCCGUCCCACGUCCUCAAGUGCUGCCAGAAGGUGCUGGCCUGGGUGCCCGUGGCCUUCAUCGCCCUGGUCGUGGCCUGGUCCUACUACGCCUACGUGGUGGAGCUGUGUGUGUUUACUAUUUCUUCAACUGCAGAAAAAGUUGUCUACCUUGUGGUUUUUCAUCUGUCAUUUGUCAUGUUUGUAUGGUCCUAUGGGAAGACAAUUUUCACAUCUCCUGCAACCCCCUCUAAUGAGUUCUGCUUGUCAAAAGCUGAUAAAGAACAAUAUGAAAAAGAAGAGAGACCAGAAUCCCAGCAGGAGAUUUUGAGAAGAGCUGCUAAAGACUUGCCUAUCUAUACUACAACAGCAUCAAGAGCCAUCAGAUACUGUGAUCGAUGCCAGCUGAUCAAACCUGACCGCUGCCACCACUGUUCUGCAUGUGAUGUAUGUGUAUUAAAAAUGGACCACCAUUGUCCAUGGGUGAAUAAUUGUGUGGGAUUUUCUAACUACAAAUUCUUCCUCCUGUUUUUAAUGUAUUCCUUACUGUACUGUUUGUUUGUUGCUGCUACAGUCUUGGAGUACUUCAUAAAGUUUUGGACAAAUGAAUUGCCAGAUACCCAUGCAAAGUUCCACGUACUCUUCCUUUUCUUUGUGGCAGCCAUGUUCUUCAUCAGCAUACUGUCACUCUUCAGCUACCACUGCUGGCUAGUUGGCAAAAACAGAUCAACUAUAGAAACAUUCCGUGCACCCACAUUUCGCAAUGGUCCUGAUAAAAAUGGCUUUUCUCUUGGAUGCAGCAAAAAUCUAAGGGAGGUUUUUGGAGAUGAAAAGAAGUAUUGGCUACUCCCUAUCUUUACCAGUUUGGGUGAUGGAUGUAAUUUCCCAACUCGUUUGGUGAUUAUGGAUCCAGAGCAGCUUGCAGUCUCAAACCAAAAUGAACCUGCCAAAAGCUCUGUAGCCAAUCAGUCCUUUCCUACUAGACCACUCAGUGAAUCACAAAAUCGAUUGCUAGCUGGUGAUUGUCAGUGGGUGGAAACUGGCCCUGAAGAGGAAAAUGUGAAAUCAGGUGCAAAAAAGCAUAUUAUAGUUUCAUUGGAAAGUUGAUCUCAGCUAAUUACUAACCAACCGUCUCAAUGAGAAACAGGUUUUUGCAACGCAUUUUGAGCUUGAAUAUUACUUAAUUUUGUUUGGAAGAAGCUGAGCAGCAAGAACUGGAACAUUAACAUUUUAGGAAGAGACAAGAAAUUCAAGUUUCUGCACAGUACAAUGGAUUAUUGUAAGCACUAUUGCAGAGCAGGGAAGUUAAGACAGAUGCCUUAAGAUUCUUAAUGUGCAUUUAUGCAACACUGAAUUAUAUACUGCUACCAAAGGGCCAGACCCAGAAGUGCCCUGCUUGGAUGCACACGGUCCAGAGUGGGAACUAUGCAUUUCUGUUAUGCUGCAGUGGUGGGGGUAGAUUGCAGAGAUUCCUACCUCCUCAUGGGCAAACUUCAUACCUUAGGCACUGCAGAAGUCACUUUCAUAGCAGGUCUCCAGAGUACAGAAGGAAAGAAAAAAGGAAAAGGAAGAAGAAAAAAAAAGAGCAUGGCUAGCAAGUCUGAAGUGUUGGUUUGCAUAGUUCAAAUGUCAGGUGAUGGGGAAGGGACUGGAUGAUGUCCUCUCCUUUCUUCRUGUUAACCAGUCUACCCCAUGAUCCCAGCUCUCCAAGUCUUUCAGGACUGAGGGUUGCUUCUAAUAGGUGUGCUUUGGAGCAAGGCAAUGCCAACAACAUAAAAGCCUUUAACUUGGGUGUUGCUUUUUUGCUAUAGGAUUGAGCUUUCUCAUCAUUUUAACUUGAUUCAUUUAACUAUAUCAAGGACAGAGCUCAAAGAAGAGAACUUGGGUUUAGUUGAAAAAACAUGUAUUAUUACUUUGGAACCAUUGUCUGUUAGCAUACAAGGAAAAGCCAAUCCAAAAAGGAAUUAGCAAUUUACAUUUUCUGUUACUGUUUGCUGUUCUGUGUAAGGCAGCAACAAAAUGGUAAAGUACCCCUGAGAAAAACAAUAUUGCAAUGGCGUGUUGUUAGAAAAUGGAACCAGCAGAGUACUGCUUUUUCCAUGGGACUCUUGAGGGUUUAUAAAUACUGUUUUAUACUUUUGUUUUAUCUUUUUAAUAAAGGCACAAGGUUUUAUUGGUUCUAAAGUACAAAUAUCAGGUACUUAUGAGAAGAUUAGUGUUGGAUCAUAAUCUGUGUUAGCACACUGAAAAAUUGCAUCCUUUAGUGUCCCACUUUCAAAUCCAGUUUGAGUGAUGCUGAAAUUGCUAAAGACUGAUGGCUUUGUGCAGCGAUGUACCAGUUCACAAACAGCAAAAUGUGUUUCCUGUGUGAGGAAUCAAGUCCAUCCCAUCCUUAGCUCAAGACCUACAGCAAACAACGUGGGUUUUUUUUCUCCUCACUCCUCUAUAGAGAAGACUGCUAACUCAUCUUUGGGUGGUACUGGAAUUUUGCACCUGGAAAAAGUGACAAAUACUGGUUUUCUCUCUGUAACUUUUCUGAUCUUCAGCUGAUGCUGAUUGAAAAUAGACAUAAGCCCUUUUGAUAAGGACUGAAAGUAGUAGUCAAAUUGAUGAUCUAGUCCAAAAGAACCUGUCUGGUUUAUCUCCCAGACUGAUUGCUACUUGAGUUAAAUAUGCUUAUGAUGGAAAUACUAAGGUAUCAAGUAUACUGUAAGUUUAAAUUAAGUAUUUUUUGUCUUUGGAUAUAAUAAAUUUUUCUUAAAUAUUAAUCUUCUGGAACAAGAAUUCUUUGAGAACCUAAGAACAUAAUUUCACUGUUGGAUGUUCUUGAGGCAGUAGUAAUGGUCCAAACUUGCACCUUUUAUAAAAGUUGCAGAAUGUUUCUUGAAACUUUGUACAAGAAAUUUUGCAUUUGCUAAUUCCAAAACUUACAAAAACAUUUGCUACUCAUUAAUCUGAAAGGUUUAGCUUUUUCUUCUCAAAUGUCAAGUGAGAAGUGCCCAUCUGAUUAUAAGCUCUCAGCAGUACUGCACCAGCAAAAUUUCUUGGGGAAGAGAAAGAAGACUGCACAUUCAAGUGGCUUGUUCUGAAUACCAAAAUUUGCAGCCCCAAACACUGGUGGAACUGUCAUAGAGGGCCUGGGAUAUCAUCUGGCCUGGAAUAUCAUCUGGCUUUUACUGCAUCAAUGUAUUAUAGCUGAAAGAACACAUCCAUGCACAGACAUCAUCUAGCAGAUCUAUAAGCAAAAUGUAUGUCAGAAUCCUAAGUAUCAUUGAUCCAGCAAUAGGGUCUCUGCUCCCCCUACCCACUCCUCGAAGUGUUUCUUAUAUCCCCCCYUGAAUGUGUGUAUUCUGUAGGCCAACAUUAGUAGAACUUGUUUGAUUUCUUAUGUCAGGAUAGUGAAUUUACAAGGAAAACUGCAAGUAAACAGACUGGGCUAGCUCCAUGUGCAUUCUCUAGUGAGUGCUGCUUUUAUGAAACCUCUUCUUCUUAUGCCAGAUGGACAUUUUUGUGGCUUUCCAAGAAGAACUGAUGUUUCUGAAAUGUUUAUGCAGAUCACAGGAAUAUUUUGUCCUAGAUUUUUCCUCAUAUUUGAGGUGAGAAAAGGAGAGUAGCUGUUUUAGGAUAAUUCCGAGGCCAGAGGUUGGUAUAAAAGCAAGUAUUACUGAAAGUCUCUUUGGCAAAUAUUAAACAUAGUAAAGUGAUUCAAAGAUCAUUCUUCCACAUUCACCACCCUCAACCUUUUUUUUUUUUUUUUUUUUCUGGGGAAUGGGUGACUAAGAGAAACCCCAGGCUGAUCUGAAGGAAUUAAGUUCUCUAAGGGAAUUGUACUGCUGAACACUAAGGCCAUGCCAGCAAGUGGGAUGGAGGGAUUAGGUUUCCCUGGCAGGCCUGGGCUUUGGAGGAAGUAUCMUAUCUAAGGCAGCAGGAUGACAUCCUCUGUCAUUGGGUUCUGUCCUGACUGCUCCCUAGGCUGUGCUGUACCAAAUGGUCAGGGGGCAGGCAGGAUGAGGGAGCGGGAAGCCUGUGUGGCUGUCAGGCUCCAAGCAGCCUUAGGUGUCCCUGCCAGAGGGGCAGGGGGCUGCAGGAACUGGGUACUUUUGGCCCAUAAACAGAAGCGCUGGAACCUUCCAGUGAAUGCAGUGUGAAGAACAGCUCUACGUGUUCAGGAGAUCGGGAGGGGGAUUGAUCCUGAGGRUCCAUCCUUUAGGGUGUUGGGCCAUGUUAUAUGUGCUGGUUUUGUGCUUUAACCUACUCUGUAUCAGGGAGUCUUGAAAAUACAUAGAUUGGCAUUAAAAGUAACAGCCCUUAAGCUUUUAGAUCCAUCAAGGUAAUGACUAUUGCAAGCCAUACAUAGUAGUUAUUGUAGGAUAGUUGACAUUGGCUGCAAUUAGAAACUGCUUUCGUGUUUCUUACUGCUGUUCUCUUUUUUAAAAAUCUAUAUACACUCAAAAAAAAAUUUAAAUGUCAUUAAAUUGCUGAUGUGAGGACAGAUGCCUGAUGCAGGGUAGGAUUUCAGUGUGAUUUAUGCUCCAUAUUUCUAAAAUGUCAUGUCACCUGUCRCUGUGAAUAUGAGGCAGGGAAAUCCAUAAAUAUAAAUUACUUAAAACUACACAAUACUAGUUUUCUUACUGUUAUUUACUCACAGAGUGUACAACACACAUAUUGCUGUGCUUGCCAAAGGCAUAUUAUAGGAGGAGGGCAGGAAGAGGGAUAGRUUUCUCUCAUUAACUGAUUUCCUACAGUAUUAUUUUGCAACUGUAGUGAUGCAWGUCAGAUGUGAUCAAAAACCUCCAUUUUAAAUAUUCAGAGGGUUAUUUUAGAGAAAGUUUUGGCACUUCUACUUUUAGUGAUUUGAGUAGAAAUKAUGGUAACAUUUUUGUUAAAGCUGCCUCUCAAGUGUGGAUUUUGCAGGUACCAAGCUCCUUUUGGUAUGCUGUUCUUACAAACUGGUCCUGUUCUCCAGAGUGCUGAAUACCUACAGUAUUCAGGUAGUUUAUUUCCUUUGAUCUUGUGUGGUUCUUCUGUAUUAAUUAUAAAUCAUCUUUUGUGUUUGGAUGAAUUUCAAUACCAYUGGAUAUGCACACAAAGACUUCAUGAUCUGAGGUAUGGUCCAGUUGCAGCUAAGCACAGCCCCAAGAGGAAGGAAACAGCAGUGUUUGCAAUAGCAUUAAUGUCUGGCAGCUUUACCAAGGUGCGCUGACUCCAACACAGAACUGACCACAUCUGCUUGGAUCUGGAGCACUGAUUGACCAGAUUUAUUAAAACUUAAGUAACAACAAAACAGUGACAGUUUUGAGCUUUACAGUGUAUCUUCUCCAAGGACACCCUCUAAAACUGUGUCUAACUGGGGAAUUUGGGUGUGCAUUUAGAAAGGCUCCAAACAGCAGCUCCUUCAACUCAAGAAUGUGUCUUUCACAGUACCUAYAAAUCAGCAAGGUGUGCAAUGUCAAAGGCUCUUCUAUCUCUAAAUGGCACCAAAGAGAGCAGCUGCACAUAAAGUGGUUUAGUACUGAACACAUUUGUUACACUCAUUUCUAUAAAUUUAUUUUGUAUAUAGAGCUUUUUAUACACACUUUUCUUAAUUACGUAACUGUCAUGAAACAUGAAGCUACGAGUCAUGGUUUGUUUUAAUGCUGAUUAAUACUGGUGUUUGGCCAUUUGUUUUCUGAAGCAAUUACCUGAAUUUGUUUCCAUUAGGUAGUGAAGUCUGAUAAUGUUUACAGGAUCAUUUUCUUUGGUUUUGGGAGGUUUCCCCAUCUUUCUUCCCACCCCCUAUYCCAAGAAACAGAGAGCUCAUGCUCAGUAGACGAGCAGAUGUGUCAGGGAUKAAGUAUUUGGAUUACUUUUAUUGUCACCAAAGCAUUGGUGGUGACAUGCCGAUUCCCUUUCGUUUACACUGCUUAGCUGAAACUUGCACACUUAGCAUGGUCCUCUCUGAUUUCUCCUGUCCUUUAUCCUGCUAUCAGCUUUAUUGCGGGAUUUAAAUCUUCCUGAAUGACAAUUUACAAUCAUAAAGCUAUCCCAGAAAGAGGCAGCMUUCCUGCUGUUAAGUCUGUCCCCUUUUUAACUUAAAUGAAUGAAAACAUCCCUGUUAUCUCAGCGGUUCCUUUUGUAUUUGCCASCAAGGGUCAUCAACACUUGCACUAAUCACUAUGUCCCAGCUGUUCUGCUUCCACAGUUAUUUUCAGUUGUGCUGCCUAAACUUGUAAUGAGCUGUGUUUUAAGUCUGGGGCGACGUGUAAAAGGUAUCUGUAAUAAUGAUGCACUUACUGUAUUUUUUUGUAUGUUACAGAUAGGACUUGUCCUAUGCACAGAAAAAACGUUGCCAUUUAUAGUUUAAUACUUGAAGUAACUUUUUUAAAUGGGCUUUUAUAAAUGAAUUAAAUACAAAAUCACGCUGCUUGGCCUGGAAGUUCCCUCAUGUUUUAAUUGUAUUUGCAAUUUACCCGUAUGUAUACUUUUCCAUGAAGUUCUCUUAAGCCAUUUAUAACCAAUGAAAGUGCAUUCAAGAUUUUGUACAUCAGUGUUCAGACYUGUUCAUACUUCUCUGAAGUAUAAUUCAUGUUUAAUAAAAACGUACCAUUCUAAAUCUCUUUUCCAAAGUGACAUGGAGUUGACACUUGAAUUCAUCAGUGAAUG